AUGGCAAGAGGGAUUUCCAUAACCCGCGAGGCCUCCUCGACGGCACAAUCUCAAUUUUCUCAAUCAUGCCAUAUUCACGGUCACUCGUGCCGUGCUCUGUUCCGAAAUCACCCCAUGGCAACUACUGAAGAGUCUGCGGCGCGCUGGGCGCUGAUGAUCGGAAUCAACUACUACCCCAAAGACCGGCAUCUUUACGGCAGCGUGAGCGACGUUAACGACAUCAAAAAGUAUCUGGAACAGCACAGCACCACACCUGUUCACACGGCUGUGCUCACAGCCACUGUACCAAAUGAUUCCGAGUCCAGUAAGGAGCCACCACCAGAGCCAUUUGAAAACAGGCCAACCAGGGCGAAUGUACUCAUGCAUCUUCGCAGGAUCAUUGAUUCUGCAAACCCUGGAGAUCAUGUUUACAUCCACUUCUCGGGGCACGGCGCUCAGCUGCCGUCGGAAGGAAAAGUCGGCGAAACUGGCUUCGGCGAGCUAGGUCUGGUACUUUUCGAAAAUGACGAGCACGGAGCGAGCUACUUUCGUGGGCGCUCUCUAGCCCAAGCUCUAAGAAGAAUGGUUGACAAAGGUCUUGUCAUCACAGUGGUUCUGGACUGCUGUUUUUCGGGUCUUGUGAGUCGAGGCGACCAUGGCCGCGGUUUUGGAAUCCGGACUAUGGAAUAUGAUUCCACCCUCGAUGCCGACAGAUCCCAACAGGAUCAAGAAUGCAAACUAGUACUAGGCAGCUCCGGGCGCGAUGCACAAGUUGAUAGAGACUGGCUUGUUGACCCCCAGGGCUACACGAUUAUAACAGCUUGUGGUCCCCACGAAAAGGCGCUAGAAGUUCUUGUCAACAAGCAACAGAUAAGAGGUGCCCUCACUUAUCACCUUCUCAAGGCGCUUACUGCUCUAUCCAAGCUUCAGGAGACGGUAUCGCACCAAUCACUCCACGAAAUGGUCGUGUCUAUGAUGCAAUCGUCAGGUUACAGCCAGACUCCAAUGCGCUACGGCAAUACUCGUCUUUCGUUCUUCGGUUCGCUUCUGGAUCCAGCAUCCCUCACGGCUUUGGCAGUAUACACAAGAGGAGCUUCCAAGCUAUUCAUCAAAGCAGGACAAAUCCACGGAAUCUCAGUGGGUGAUGAGUUCACUGUUUAUCGAAUCCUUUUACCUGGUGCAAAUGGGGCCGCCGGGGCCGCCGGGGCCGCCGAUGUCAAAGGACACUUCAAAGUCCUAAAUGUUUGGGCGUUUGAGUCCGAAUUGACCAUGCCUCAAGAUAGUCGAGCACUGCCUGGAGUAUUCGCACCCAACAUGACAGAGCUGGGCAAUUUGAAGGCCACCCAGCUGUCGAGGCUUUCUUCUCAAAGCAUCAAAGUGUCUCUCCCACCAGGGUUGAUGCGAGAGAAAAAGUGGAAAGACAAAGCAGGCUUGUUGCGGUAUUUACAAAUAGUCAUGGAGAGCCAAGAAACAAGUCUGUGUAUGUUUCAACUGACGAUCAACAAAUCCAACGGCUACGAAAUCGUCAGUGAAGCGCAAGAAAACAUGCUUCAGCUACCCGUCCUCGACGCCGACUUGGAAGGCUCCUUUCCAACGAUGAUGAGGAUUCUUCAUCAUUUGGUAACAUUCAAAUACUUUGAAGGUCUGUGCAAUCGGCUUCCAUCUCCAGAGUUCAGAGCAACGUACACGAUCAAUCCAACUGUGGACUCUACGACGAAUGGUAUCUUUCAGGUUUCGAACGGCAGGAUCUUUGGACUCAUCAUCGAGAACCACGCAGAUCAACCUCUGUAUUUGGCAAUCUUUGGCUUUGAUCCUUGUUGGGGUGUCAAAAAUCUGGUCGCACAGUCUGGAGGCGACGAUUAUGUCCUCGUGCCACCAGCUCACGGCCAGAACAGUGGCAGCAAGCAGAUAAAAUUGAGAAUGACGAUUCCGACUCAUUAUCAGCCGCGGGCUCGGGACGACAAGGUUCGAGACGUCGUAAAGCUCUUCGUUACCAACAAGCCAGUUUCAUUCCCGAGCAUGGUUUUGCCGGGAUUAAGGAUGAAUUCAAGCCGUCCCAGAGACUCGUCUGUAAACGCAGAAAUGAUUUCAGACUUUAUCAAACUCUUGAAUACAGGGGGCAUGAUCAGGGGUGACCGCGAUACCGAUGCAUGGACGUCACACAAUUUCAUAGUUCAUACAUCUAUUGAUUGA